AAAGAAAGAAACCAGGGAGAUAACUAAAGAAUUUACGCUCCAUAUCCAUCGUAUGCAUGGCUUCUUUGCAAGCUUCAAAUCUCCUCUCGUCCUCCUCCUCAAGGGCAUCAUCUUCAUCAAAAAGAAUAAAUGCUGCAAUUUCUGCCCCUAAGCUUCCAAGAAUCCGUUUCCCAGUUCCAAAAACACCAUCAACAAACUUGGUUGAGGAUCUGAUUUUAAGAAAUGGGUACACAAACACAAUCGCUAUAGAGAAAAGUACUGUGACCCUUCCCAGAAUAGAUAAGGAAUCUUCUGUCAAUUCCUCAACAUCUAAAGCAACAGCCAAGCUUUAUGCGAUCUUAGAGGCUGUAGCUGAUAGAGUGGAGAUGCAUCAGAAUGUGGGUGAGCAACGUGACAAUUGGAACAAACUUCUUUUGAAUUCCAUUAACAUGAUCACUCUCACAGCUACAACCAUGGCUGGUAUUGCAGCAACUGGUGGGGCAGGAGCUCCUCUUUUGGCUUUGAAGCUAUCGUCAACACUCUUGUUUACUGCAGCUACAGGGAUGUUAUUUAUAAUGAACAAAAUACAGCCCUCACAGCUUGCAGAAGAGCAACGUAAUGCUACGAAAUUGUUUAGGCAGCUUCAGAGACAAAUACAAACUAUCCUUGCUCUUCAUGAUCCUACUGAGUUGGACGUGAGGAAUGCAAUGGACAAGGUAUUGGCUCUUGACAAAGCUUACCCACUUCCUUUGCUGGGGAAAAUGAUUGAGAAGUUUCCUGCAAAAUUUGAGCCUGCACUUUGGUGGCCCAAACCUCAUGACUUCCAAAGAAAAAGCAAAAGACCUGGAAAGAAUAGGUGGAGUGAGGAGCUGGAAAUGGAGAUGAGGGAGGUUAUUGAAGUGAUAAAAGGAAAAGAUACGGAAGAUUAUAUGAGGCUAGGAAAUUUGGUAUUGAAGAUAAACAAGAUUUUAGCCAUCUCAGGUCCAUUGCUCACUGGCAUUGCAGCUGCUGGGUCUGCAUUUGUGGGUAACGGUUCUUGGGCGGCAAUAGUUGCAGUGGCUGCAGGUGCAAUAGCUACCACAGUUAAUACGUUAGAGCAUGCUGGCCAGGUUGGCAUGGUGGUUGAAAUGUAUAGAAACUGCGCUGGAUUCUUCUCACUUAUGGAGGAAUCAAUCGAGUCUUCAUUAGAAGAAACAGAUUUUGACAGAAGAGAAGAUGGACAAAUGUUUGAAAUGAAGAUGGCUUUACAGCUUGGAAGAAGCUUAUCAGAGCUUAGAGAUCUUGCCCAAAAAUCUUCAUCUUCUCGUAUAGAUGGAGUCGAAGUAGAUGAAUUCGCUAGCAAAAUCUUUUGAUAUUUAUAAUUUUUUUUUGUCCAUAUUUCUAAUCCCGUUAGUUCAUUCUUUUUUGUGAAAAAACUCUUUUUGUAUACAGAGGGAAAUGUAUUCAAUACUCAAGAAUCUGUUUAUUAUUCAUGCUCAAAAGAGAUCGUUUCUUGAGGUUCUAUUGAUAAUUGUUUUCCAUGUGUGAUCUCUAACUCAUAAUAUGUAAUCAUGAUUAAACAGGAAA